CAAUCAGUCAGUAUUCGGCUGGAUUGCGACUAGUGCGCACAUUAGCGAUGGAGUGGCUGCUGGCAAUAGUGAUUACAGUGCUGCUGGCAACGGUUGCAAGCUUGUGGUUGUUUUUAGACAAACGUCGUAGUUAUUGGCGCGAUCGAAACUUCCCCUGUACCGGCAGGUCGGCUAUGAUCUAUGGCGACUACAAGAACUGGAGCCGUACGGAGCACCUGCAGGAGAUUAACUUCCGUCUGUAUCAGGAGUUUAAAGCACGUAAGCUGCCAGUAGGCGGAACGAUGCUUUAUAUUAUUCCGACGGUUCUUGUGCUGGAUCCGGAACUGAUUAAGGCGAUCAUGGUGAAAGAUUUCGCCAAUUUCCACGAUCGUGGGAUCUAUAACAAUCCGGAAGUUGAUCCGUUAUCUGGGCAUUUGUUUGCCCUAGAAGGAGCGGCCUGGCGUCUGCUACGGACAAAGUUGUCGCCGACGUUUACGUCGGGAAAAAUGAAGAUGAUGUUCGAAACUAUUCUUGGUGUUUCGGAUGAGUUGAGGAAAUAUUUACAUGAAGAAAUGGUUCAGGGCGCAGCGGAGCUACAUAUGAAGGAUGUCCUGGCGGGUUACACGACGGAUGUUAUUGGCACGUGUGCUUUCGGUAUCGAGUGUAAUAGUUUGCGUGAUCCGGAAUGUGAUUUUCGCCGGAUACCGAAGAAACUUUUCGAACAAUCGGUGGGACAAAUGAUGUGGAUGAUAUUCUUGAUGAUGUUCAAGGGCGUGGCUACCAAGCUGAAGCUGAAGGCAAUGCCUGACGAUUUGGAGGGAUUUUUCGUGAGACUUGUUCGCGGAACGAUCGAUCACCGGGAGAAAAAUAAUGUCCAGCGGAACGACUUUAUGAAUUUACUAAUCCAGAUGAAGAACAGCAAUAAUCCGGAGGAGAAGAUAACGAUUGAUGAGAUAACGGCCCAGGCGUUGAUAUUUUUCAUAGCCGGGUUCGAAACGUCAUCCACGGUUAUGGUGAACUGCUUAUAUGAACUGGCCCAGAAUCAAACUAUUCAGGAUAAGUUGCGGAAGGAAAUUCGUCAAGUUUGUGGGGAGGGCAAACUAACCUAUGAUAAUGUUUGUGGCAUCGAGUAUCUCAACAUGGUUGUGGAUGAAACGCUUCGAAAAUACCCUCCGGUCGAUUCACUCAUUAGAACUUCCAUAAAAAGUUACCAGAUUGAGGACAGCGAUUUGAAGCUACCGGAACGAACUGUGAUUUUUAUUCCAAUCCAUGCCAUCCAUAACGAUCCACAAUACUAUCCGGAUCCGGAACGUUUUGAUCCGGAGCGCUUCACGGCGGAAAAUCGGGCUAAAAGGCAUCCGUUUGUGUAUUUACCGUUCGGAGAAGGGCCACGCAACUGCAUCGGAAUGCGGUUUGGGCUAAUGCAAACCAGGGUAGGAUUGAUAAGCAUUUUGCGUGAGUUCCGCGUGAAAUUUGGCCCCAACACUCCUGUGCCACUGAAGAUCGACAUCAAGUCGGGUAUCGUUUCACCCCUGGGUGGCGUUCCGCUACUGCUGGAGAAGCUGUAGGGUGGCUGCGGGAGGCGGUUAUUUUUAGCUCUCAGCUCUCGCAGCGCAAUACCAGAUGGCUGCCAUGCGAUCGUGUUCUGGCUUUAUAUCAAACCAAAAUGACAUCAUUCUGGCGCUACUGUUGCUAGAUUUAAAGUUUGUAUUUGUUAACCGUAAGAGAUCGUGGGAGAUCGAAGCAAGCGCAGCCGAUUUUUAUUUGUCGUGCACACAACCAACAGUGAAGCCACAUUUUAGUAGCACUGAAACGAAAGUUUUAUUUCGAUGUGACCAUAUUGUUAGUAAUAAAUUAGUUAUUACAGAUAAAGUUGUAAUAUAGGAACAAUAAAUAUAAAAAUUUUAUUCAAA